CGCAGAGGUUCUCACACGCUAGCGGUGGCAACAAGGCGGCUGCGCGCAGACCGGAAUCGUGUUCGUCAUCGUCGCCCUUCGUCAGUCUCCGGACAUCGUCGGCGUCAGUCGUGUUCCUACCCCCCUCCCCCUCCAGGGCAUUCACCAACUGCCCCUCCUACCCUCUCCAGUGUUCCCGUGACCGCCCCUCCCUUCCCUUUUCAAGGAUUAUGUUCUUGUUUAUAUAAGGCCAGUUAGCAUUCAUCUGCCGAUUCUUCCACUACAGAUAUUGGACGAGCAACUUGUUACGACUGUGCUGAGAAUCGAUCAUGGGACCGAGCGGCGCCGCGGACUCGAGGGACCGUCGAAGAAUGCAGGCGGCAGUCCACGCCGAGUCGUGCUGCCUGCACUGGCUGGUGGACGUCGUCCAGAGGUUCUUCUUGCUGUGCGUCGUGGUCGCGACCUUCGUGGCCGGGAUACCGGGCAUGUUGUUCGCGAGGAUGUGCCAGAGCGAGGCGCGGCUGGACGGCAAGACAGUCGUCGUCACCGGAGCCAACACCGGCAUAGGCAAGGAGACGGCGCUGGAGUUGGUCAGGAGAGGCGCCAGGGUGGUGCUGGCGUGCCGCGACCCGGAGCGCGGCCGGCGCGCGGCGGCAGACAUAUCGGCGCGGCUGGCCGACUGCCCCCGGGCGGGAGAGCUAGUCGUGCUGGCGCUGGACCUGGCGUCCUUGAACUCUGUGCGCCGCGGCGCCGGCCUGCUGCUGGCCCGCGAGCCGGCGCUCCACGUGCUCGUCAACAACGCCGGAGUGUUCUCCAGCCCGAGGAGCCUCACGGAGGACGGCAUCGAGACGCAGCUCGGCGUGAACCACGUGGGGCACUUCCUGCUCACGCUGCUCCUCCUGCCGCGGAUGCUGCGGUCCAGCCCGGCCAGGAUCAUCAACGUCACCUCCAUGUCCCACAUCUCCGGCCGGAUCGACUUCGACGACCUGAACAUGGAGCGGUCGUACAGUCCGUACCAGAGCUACGCGCGCAGCAAGCUGGCCAACAUACUGUUCACGAGGGAGCUCGCUGACAGACUGCGAGGCACCGGGGUGACGACGUACGCCGUGCACCCGGGCUGUGUGGCGACGGACAUCACGCGCCACCUGCCCCAGAGCUACAGCCGCCUCAGCUGCUGGCUGUUCGAAUCGCUCGUGCUGCACAUGACCCCGCAGCAGGGCGCGCAGACGACCGUGCACUGCGCCGUGGACGAGGCGGCCGGCGGAGAGACCGGCCUCUACUACAGUAACUGCAGGAGAUCCUCGCCGUUCUGGAACGCCACGGACAAGAUGGCGGCCGCCAAGUUGUGGGACGUGAGCCUGAAGCUGACCGGCCUCACGAAAUACGACUUCCUCGCGGCAGAAGACCCCGGGCCGACUGAGAACUCCGAGAGAGAAAAUCAACAAGAACGUCACUCUCUCGAUACUUUUUGUCGUUACAAGUAGAAACUUUUAAUUUUUUUAAUAAUGAUUCAAACCGCCUAAGCAAAAGAAUAAAAGUUUAGUAUUAAAAGUUUUAUAUAGUAUGAAAAUCAACUCUUAUGUUAAGAGUUGAAUAUUACUGCAUGCAAGUAUUUUGAGUUGUAAUACAUUUAUCUGAGGUUUGGCACUUCCAUGUGUUUUGGAACAGCUAAACUAUUCUGUAAUACUUAUAUUUCAUCAUUCAUAUGGACAUGUAAGUGAAAAAUAUUAUUUUUAUUUUUAUUUUCAUACGUGUGUUUUUACUGUUUCUGUUUAAAAUAACAUGGUCAUAACCUAGAAGUGGGGUUAAAAUAUUUAAAAAAAAAUCACCCAUGCUCAUUUGAUUGUAAAAGUUAUUUUUCGUUGAUUCAAACAAAUCAUAAGAUAUUGUCACGUUGUAGAAUUUUUCUGUGUGGCCGCCUGUAAAUGUGUGUCUCCCUUGGCGCAGGCUGGUUGGUUGCCGCCACAGCUGCACGGAGCACUUGGCGGGUGCUGGCGCCGGCACAUGCCGAUGUGUGGCGUCCGGCGCCGCCGCGUGCUGCCGUGUCUGGGUCGCUCUGUGGCGAAGGGAAGGCGCCAGCAGUGCUGAUGAAGUCUUAGGGCUCGGGACACAGCCAACUGUCUGGUCAGCUGAGUGAGGUUACGGGGCUGAGGCGGCGACUAUGCUGGGUUGGUGGCCCCCAGCCGCUGGUCAUUGCCGAAGCUGUAACACCCGAUCAAACAUCAGGGAGAGAUCCCUAACAGUUAUGUUUUAAAAAGCUCUGGAAUGUUUGUGAAAAGCGAACUGGAACAUUACUCCCACCCUACCCUAUUAGGGCGCUUAUGUGGGAGGGGAAGGUGAAGAAGCCGGCCGUAAGGUCGGAAUAAUCUGUGGCGAAGGGCUUUUGACCCUCGGAGCGCGAGCGACGUGGAUCCCACUCAGCGAGUCUGUGCCCUGACUGCUGAGAUUUUGGGAACGGCGGGUUCGAAACCUCCUGGAAGGGGGGGGGGGGGGAGAGAGAGAGAGAGAGAGAGAGAGCUAGGCAUUUAAGUGCGAGUUAGUGGGAGCCUCGGGGUUCAACUCCGGCGGCGGUCGGUGGAAACGAGUUCGUGAGUCCGAGAUUUAGGGCCUACUGGACGGGCUGUGGCCCGUGAUGAAGAAUUCCAAGACUCUGAAGAGAACGGGCAUCGUAGAUACAUGGGACCCCCUUGUCGAAGUAAGUCUCUCUCUCUGGUUAAGACUAUUGCAGUAGGUGACGUGUUCGUUUAGGCUAACUUCAAUGCUAGUAAAAGUAACAGUGAAAAGAGAUUUUACGUCCCCUAAUUUCAACUGUUCUUUAUGUAAAGACUGACUGGAAACAUCUUAUAAUUUUGGUUUUGUUAUAUAUGUAAAUAAAUCAAUUGUCGUGCGUUAGACCCCCAUGUAAUGAAAUGAAAACUCUAAUAAUAAUAAUAAUAAUAAUAAUAAUAAUAAUAAUAAUAAUAAUAAUAAUCUGAAGAAACAAAAUAUAUAUUUUAAAAUGUUUAUUUAAGGAUAUUCCACUUGACCGAAUACUAAAAUAGUUUGUAAACUUAUGUUUGAAUAUAAUCAGAUUCACCCAAUUCUGAUCAAUAAAAAAUAACAAAAUUCGUUUUAUUAAAAAUUUUAGAAUAAUAAACGAAUAUUUAACAAUUUGACAUUUUUGUUUAAUUGUGCUUAUUAAU